UGUCGUCACUCGCUCCCAAUGUCUCGGAUACAAACGCCUGACUGACCUGCACCGUACAUGUUAUAGUAGUUGUGCAACUCAGCAGUUUACGUACAACUAUGGGAACCGGAGAGGAAAGAAGUUAUAUUCAACAUUAUUCAGAAGGUGUAAUGGCGAAAGAAGAACUUUGAUGUUCUGUGGUAAUUGUAACCUCCGCUGAGGUCGAGGUGCUUUUGCUCCCUUUUUAUUUUUGUUAUUGUUUCAUUUUGAUUUUUACUUUUCGCAGAUACCUAGGAAUAUUUGAGUGCCAGGCUCUCAAAGGGAAGCCCAUCGGCUGUGGUUUGGCAGAUUGACUUUUAAAGCAGUAAUGGCCACUGCAAGGCUUGAUUACGUUGCUCCGUGGUGGACAUACUGGCUGCACAAUUUCCCUCACGUCAAUUUCUUGUUCCAGUCGGUCGACAGCACUUUCAAACCGGGAGAGGCGAGCUAUCAGCAGUCUUUGAUAUUUCUAGCAUGUGUUGGUGCCGUGGGUCUUGGUCUGAGCCUGCUGGUUCUGGCGAUAUUCCUGGUGUGCUUGUGCUGCUGCCGAAAAGAUGUAGAUGAAGACACCAAGAGGCCUAAUACCUGUUGUGUCACCUUGGUUGCUGUUGUCACCGGUCUCAUCAUAUGCUCGGCUGUAGGCGUGGGUUUCUAUGGGAACAGUGAGACCAACGACGGGGUGUACCAGCUGACCUACUCACUCUACAAUGCCAAUCACACAUUGGGUGGCAUCAACAAUCUGAUUUCAGGAUCUCAGGGCACUGUGGGAACUGGACUUAAAGAACACCUUGAACGUCUGGAUGAGAUAUUUGCCACAAGGGCUGACUACCUCCAAGCUCUGCGCUUCCUGCAGCUGAUGGUCAACAAUGUCAUCCGUGAGCUGACUGCUCUGCCAGACAUCAGCAAAACCAAUGUUGACUUGGCAGCCAUUGCGGACCAAACGGCCUUCAUUGAGUAUUACAGAUGGCUGAGUUAUCUGCUGCUGCUCAUCCUGGAUCUGGUCAUCUGUUUGGCCAUGUGCUUAGGGAUGGCGAAACACUCUCAAUGUCUGCUUAUCACGAUCAUGGGUUUUGUUGCGCUGUCUUUGAUCCUGAGCUGGGCCUCGCUUGGAGCUGCUACUGCUACGGCUGUGGGCACCAGCGACUUUUGUGUGUCUCCGGACAAGUUUAUUGUUAACCAAACUCAGGAUUUCCUCAGUACAGAUGUUGCACACUAUUACUUGUUCUGCAGGCCGAAUCUACCAAACCCCUUCCAACAGUCUUUGACAAUCUGCCAGCGUUCUCUGACCACCAUGCAAAUCCAGAUCCAGGGCUUGCUGCAGUUUUCUGUGCCCGUCUUUCCUACUGCUGAGAGAGACCUUUUGGGGAUCCAGCGACUGUUAAACUCCACUGAGUUCAGCCUGCACCAGCUAACAGCCUUCCUAGACUGCCGUGGGCUACACAAGGACUAUCUAGAAGCCCUGAUGGGUGUGUGUUAUGAUGGGGUGGAAGGGCUCCUCUACCUCUCUUUGUUUUCUCUCCUGGCUGCCUGUGCACUGUCUACCAUGCUGUGUGCAAUUUUCCGAGUGUGGACACUAAUGGGCAGCAGGGAAAAGGAGUAUGACGACAUAGAUGAGGAAGACCCGUUCAACCCCCAAGCACAGCGGAUGUCCUAUAACCCCAGAAGGUCCAACACACAUAGUUUCUGUAGCUAUACCAGCAGCCUUGGCAGCCAGGCCAGCCUUCAUCCACCUCCUCAGUCUGCUUCUAAUAUCAUGCCACCCCCUGAAUACAUGAACCAGUCUAUGCUGUUUGGAGGGACUCCUCGAUAUGAGAACGUGCCACUGAUAGGGAGAGGAUCCCCACCUCCCUCGUAUUCACCCAGUAUGAGGACCACCUAUCUUUCUAUGACUGAUGCCCAGAUCAGACACUUUGGGACAGACUUCCAGGUGUAGCCUGCUACCUACCGAAUCCUUUUCAGAGCUUCUGUCUGAGACUCUGGUCUCCAACCAAGAGUGCUGCCAUCAUGGCAUAAUCCUGUUUAUUGGAGCGUUGGCCUGCUGUCCCAGUCUGAGACAUGACAGCCGGCCACAUGAAGCGAUUACCUCAGUAACACAUCCUUGCAGUACUGGGAAAGCCCUGAAUUGCAGUUAUGAACAAAGAGGACCUGUACAGGUUCAUCACAAGAGUGUUGUUGUCAUGAUUUAUGGAAAUAUUACAUAAUUACUCAAAUGUAAGCGUUUCUAUGAGCCAAAUCAAGCCUUUGAACUGAACAAAUCAAAAAAAAAAUUUUUUUUGUUUGCUUGGUUGUUUGGUUUUGCUAUUUCCAAUAUUCUGGUGUUGUGCAUGGACAUAAUCAUUGGUCAGUAUUUUAUCAGGAAGUGAUAAUGCUGCAACAUGACAUGACAGAGAUCUUUUAAACUGCAGCAUGCUAAUGAAAACUGCUGCAAACCAAAUGUUGUGGGGCUUUUCUUGGAAGAGCCAAAGAUGCCUUUAUUGAUAAGUCAAAUAGACAUUGAUGAGGGGAAAUUCCUCUGAAUUCACUAAGCACGAUGUAAUAAAUUCUAACACACUGGCAUUUACAAGUGUGCUGUGACUGUGCCACAGCAAGGAAGACAAUUAAAAUAUAAUUAUCAGUACAUCAAGGCAGUUGCUGUGUUCUAAUAAUAUUUCAUUUUGAAAUAUGAAACCCUGUGCCACUGGUAAGAGUCCGCUGGUAGAACAUGAACUAAAUAUGCAAAAAUUUGAAGUUUGUUGUCAGAUUAAUGUAGCCACUAAGUCUUGUGAAUGAGAAGUUGUCUUUUACAUUAUUGGAGAAAUCUGCUGUAUGCUGUUUUCUAUCUUGGAUAAUGUAUCAAACGCAACUAAUGUUUGUACAUAAAAGGUUGUAUUUAGACUCAUUGAUUCCUUGUUUGCUCUUCUACUCUCACUAUGAUGACCUAGACUGACACAAACUGAUGGCAGUAGACUAAUUGGAUUUGAUGUGAUCUGUUCCUUAAUAAGUCACAUGAGGCAAUACUCUCAGUCUGUGCCAUAAAUCUAAAAAAAAAAAAUAUUUAAAAAUGUACCUGUUCCGUAAAGCUUCUUACGAAUGCUGAAAAUUGUCAGAGACUGGAUUCUCAGUCAUAUUCAAGUGGCUUUGCUCAGCUUUCAGAAGGAGCCAAAAGACUGCGGUUUUCAGUAAUUCUCACCUAGAAUGCAGUGUCAUCUCUGGCUGAAAGCACUGUCCUCUCUGGUUGAACAUUUCAAUGUUUCCAAUCUGAUUGCAAUAAAAUUGUUCUCCAUACUUCAA